GUACAUUUUGCUUGCAUAUCACAUCUUCUUUGAGACUAGUGGAAAGAAAAAAUCCAAAAUACAUAGUUCAGUGUUUAUUUUUAUUACACUUUUUACAGAUUUCAAUUACAAUACCUUCAAAGGCUGUUUUCUCAAAAUGAUUUUUUCCCUUCAAUGGAUCAGAAAUCUCAACUUCAUCGGUACCGAUAGCCAUAAUUAUGACCUAAAGCCCUGAUUUAUAUCAAAACAAACAGAAGAGAACUUUGUAAUUCAAAUGAUAGUCUGUUUAGUCAUUUAAAAACCUGUCCUUAACAAUUACACUAUAACAAUGAUAUGUUCUAUUAUUUUAAACUUCAGGAGGGUGGUGCAUGUGUGAGAGUGACUCAUUUCUAGUUCAUUUAACCGACUUGUGUAACAUCACUCUCUGGAUUCCCCUUUUUGCUAUUGGUUUUAAUUUCAAGUAAGUAGUAAACUAAGGAUUCCCACUCUAUAAACUGUUUACUGUUUGAUUCAGUUUCAGAAAACCAACAGUACAGCACAAUAAUGAAACUUGGGCAUAUGAUUUGUCUCCACCUUUUUCUGUCAUAUGUAUAACACUCAGUGUAAGUGUUGCUUUGCAAGCUAUAAGCAUAAGGAACUGAAAAGCAGUUUCAGUUAGAACUCAGACUGACUAAAAAUAGAGACAAAAAUGAACAUCUCCUUUCCCUAUAGUGACAAUGAUACGGUACCAGGCAGCUGGUCAUCUGCAGGGGACAUCGCAGCCUGUGUGAUCCUGGGGGUGUGUUUCCUGGUGGGCACACCUGGGAACCUGCUGGUGGUGUGGACCAUCUUGAAGCACGUGAAACAGCGUUCGCAUACGGUGCUUCUCAUCCUCCACCUGGCAGCCGCAGAUCUUCUGGUGCUGGUCACUCUGCCGCUGUGGAUCUACUCGCUGGCCCAUUACUGGGUGUUUGGAGAGGCUGCCUGCAAAGUCAUGGUGUACAUCAUCAACGCCUGCAUGUACAGCAGCGUCUUCAUCAUCACCAUCAUGAGCGUGGAGCGCUUCCUAGCUAUCAGAUACCCUUUACAGAUGCUGUAUUGGCAAAAUAGGAUGUCCAUGUUCAGAAUACUGGCAGUGUCCUGGAUCUUGUCAUUCAUUUUGGGGAUUCCAGUCAUCCUAACCCAGUAUGUCAAUGAAGAUGACGAUGGAAUGAAACAUUGCUUCUUCAGGGAGUACAACUCUGUGUCCUUUGAAGUCUUUUGUUUGUGUUUGGAGACCAUUAUUCCAUUUCUCACACUUGCAAUCUGCUACUGUCUGGUUGCCGUACAGCUCCGAAAGGUGCGCUUUAGGACCAAGAAAACAGCCUUUCUCAUUUGUGGAGUGGUCAUGGCCUUCACUUUGUGUUGGUUACCUCACCAUAUCCUCAAUGUCGUAGGGAUGGUGCUUCUUCUACUAGGACAAUCAGAUGAAUGGUCUCAUAUCCCAAAUAGUGUUGUCUUCAUUUCUGGAGCUCUGGCAUUUAUCAGUAACUCAGUAAACCCUGUGCUGUAUGCAUUUGCUUCUAAAAACUUGCAUGGAAGUCUGAAGAAGUCUGGGAUAGUGAAGCUGUUUCAGGACUUGACAACACAAACACAGAAAGGCUUCUCACAGGAUUCUGGACUGCAGGAUGGAAAUAUUCUUGAAGAUCCCAGUGGUGGUGAACGAGAGGGAACUCACAGAUCUCUGAGUAACUGUUAGACUUAUUAGAAAUUUGGACAUUUUCUUAAUGGUCAACUUUAUUUAAAUGGAAUAAUAUUUCUUCUUCUUGUUGUUUUUAGCUUGUUUAAAUGCCAUAAUAUUUCUGAUUGCUAAUAGUCAAAAUUGUUUAAAUGCAACAAUAUUCAUCUGUUUUUUUAAUCAUCAAAAUCGUUGAAAUGUCAAACUUUUGUGGUCAAAAAUUGAAAUUACAUAACAUUUAGAUUUUUUUAUUGAUGAUACUUGUUUAAAUGCCACAAUAUCUCAAACAUUUGUGAUCAAAGUUGUUUAAUUGCCAUUACAUUUUCUUUUAGUCAAA